GCCAUGCCUCCAUCCUUUCUGAUGUUACUAUUCAUUCCCACAGUCAUUCUUUCUUUACGCUCUCUACCGUCUACUUUCGUUCAUACGGCACUGGUGGCCUCGACAUUCUCAUUCCUUCCUUUGCUUCAGCCGUAACUUCUUCGUAUAUUUUAGUUUGUUUCUAUCGUCACCAUGCACGUCCUCAGCACCCUCGCCCCCCUCGCCCUCCCCGUCAUGGCGCUGGGUGCCGUCCUCCCCGCCGCCCUGCAGAGCAGCACCAAGGUCAAGCGCGAUGGCUGGGGUGGUGCCGUGUCCCUGGGCCCGACCACCUCCGACAUCAUCCACGCCGUCACCACCAUCAUCCCCGGCACCGCCCCCUCGACCCAGAACGGCGAGCUCUUCCUCUGGCCCGGCAUGAGCAACAGCACCGGCGACCUGAUCCAGACCACCCUGGAGAGCUGGCCCAGCAACGCCUGGUGCGGCGCCACCACCGGCCAGUGGUGCGUGCGCGCCAGUAUCUUCGGCUCGUUCGGCCAGCUGGACGGCACCGGCUCGCCCGUCAGCGGCGACGACCACGUCCAGAUCGUCUACAACCUGGAGUCGGACGGCGAGACCUGGGUCCAGAACGUCACCAAUGCGAAGACGGGCGCGGCUCUGUCCAGCUACUCCUACCCGGCGGGUCCGUACAUGACGGGGUGAGAUGCCAUGACCAUGACCCACCGAUGGAUGCAUACGCACAUGGACCCACGAAUGCUAACUGAAUGAACCUACUCUCUCUGCAGCUACGGCACUGGCACCGAGUGCGACGACGACUGCAGCGGCACGAUCGCCUCGCAGCUGUACCUCAACACGACCAUCACCCUG